AUGAGUCUGCGUUGUGCCGCGCUCGCUACCAUCGUAGCUACCCUCUUUGCUAGCUGCAUCGCUCAAUCCUCCGCCACCGCCACAGUGUCUGACCCGGCUAGUGCGAUUCAUUCCCCGAAUGAAGCCCAACACACGGGUAAUCGAUUCCUACGCACGCCCGUAUCAGCGGGUGGUGAGAGCGAAGGUGACGAGAGAGGGCUGGACUGGUUUACCUCCAAUGCUGCCAAAGCACUGAAGACCCAAAAAGCAAAGUGGAUCAAGAACGCGCAGAUAUACGAUGAUCUUAUCAUGCAAAAGAGGACCACGCGGGACGUGUACACGGCCUGGAGGGAGCUGAACGCUUCGCCGGAAAAAAUUGAAAGGGCGAUGGCGAAGGUUGGCUACGGAGGCGAUGACUACAAGUACAUCGUGGACGGCUACAAGAACCACCUGGAGUACAUGAAGAACGUUCAGCUGCACUAG